AUGCUGCCGCGUGUUGGUGAUCAAGAUGCUGUCCCUUCACUCCACGCUAGCUUCCACCAAGCCCCUCCGAUCGCUGUGUCGACUCCCCUGCGCCAGGGCCGACCACACUCGCGCGCCGCCGACCCUCUCCUGAGCUCGACCCGGAGCACCGUCGUCCAUCUGCGGAGCAACAUUGGUUCCAAGGGCGAGGCCCAGCAGUACCUGUCCCACUUCUCCUCCGUUUCCCCCCAGCAGUUCGCCGUUAUCAAGGCCAGCGGUGCGAUUAUCACCGAGCACCUCCAGACCCUGUCCUUGGCCCUCGCUUUCCUGAACCAUGUCGGUCUUUACCCGAUUGUCGUCCACGGUGCUGGUCCGCAGCUCAACCGCACGAUACAAGCCGCCGGUGCCGAGCCCCAAUUUGAGAAUGGGAUCCGGGUCACGGAUGGCAAGACCCCGUCGCUGGCGCGCAAGCUCAUUCCGGAGGAGAACAUAAAGUUGGUCGAGGAGCCGGAGCGUAUGGGUGUCCAUGCUCGGCCGAUCACCGCCGGUGUGGUUUUGGCCGAUUAUCUGGACAAGCUCAAGUAUAACCUGGUGAGUACGAUCAAUGGCGUGAAGAAAAAGCCUAGUGAGUCGGCCAUUGCAGCUGGCUGCCUACCCAUCCUGACUUCCAUGGCCGAGACCCCCGAUGGCCAGAUGCUCAGUGUUAAUGCCAAUGUGGCUGCUGGUGAGCUAGCCGGCGCUUUGGAACCAUUGAAGAUCGUUUACCUCACUGAGAAGGAUGAUCUGUUCAAUGGUGAUACCGGCGAGAAUAUCUCCGCCAUCAAUCUUGACGAGGAGUAUGACCACCUGGUGACUCAAUGGUGGGUCCGUCAUGGAACUCGCCUGAAGAUCAAGGAGAGCAAGAUGUUGCUGAGCGACCUACCGCGCUCGUCCAGCGUGGCCAUCAUCCACCCUGCUCGCAACACAACUGAUGCCAAGCGUAGAGGUCGGUCAACGAAUCUAUAG